AUGGAUAGAUGUCAUUCAGCUGGUCGAGUAACAGUGAAGCUCUUGUUCUUAUGGCUAGCCGCCUCCUCGACUAUCCCAGCAACAGCAGCAGCGUCAUGGGCGGACGGUUGGCUCAAUGGGGCAAACCAGUUCCCUAUUGUUUCCUUACCUCCGGAGACCGCUCACGACCCUCAGGCGCCUCUAGAUUCUUCCAACGGAGAGCAAGACUUCACGCUGAGGCAUCUGUUCGUGCAUGGAUUAUAUGAAUAUCAACAUGUACACCAGCGCUUGGACAUCAAGCCUGGGGAUGUCGUCUGGGCUACGGGAGAUGGGACGGGCGAAAAGUCUCGGCUAGAGACCUUACACGCGAAGUCUGAACAAAUCACCAUACAGAGACUCUCCGAUCGCAGAGUACUAACAAUGCAGUCGCUGUACCAGGAGGCAAGACUUACGGGUUCAUCUCCCAUAGUCGCUGCCUCCGCAUGGACUAUGGAUAAAGUUUAUGGGCCCAACACCACGGAUAAGGAAACAGUCGUGAGCCUGGCGAAGAUGUCAUGGAACGCCUACAAUACCAAGCCUGGGACUGGCGAAUGGCAAGAUGAGACUGGUAGAUUUAACCGUACGCAGGGCUUUGGAUGGGAAGGAGAUAGUCUACGGGGUCACAUUUUCGCGAACAAGGACAAUUCCACCAUUGUGAUAGCAUUGAAAGGCACCUCUCCAGCAGUCUUUGAUGGAGCCGAGACAACCACAAACGAUAAAACGAAUGACAACCUCUUCUUCGGCUGUUGUUGCGGUCAGGGUGGUCAAUAUCUUUGGCAUCCUGUCUGCGAGUGUAUGACGGCGGCUUAUACAUGCAACCAAACGUGCCUUGUCAAGGCUUUGAGAGCGGAGAAUCGCUACUACGCAGCCUCGAUUGAACUCUAUGGUAAUGUCACAGAGCUGUACCCAAAUUCGAACAUAUGGCUUGCAGGUCAUUCGUUAGGAGGUUCAACAAGUGCCUUACUGGGGUUGACGUUUGGACUGCCAACUACAACCUUUGAGGCUCCAGGUGAAGCUCUUGCCGCCGCAAGGCUAGGGCUCACGUCGCCACCAGGCGCUCAUUCAAGUGCUCCCCAGACAAGAAAGCAUACGGGAGCAGUUCAUUUCGGCCAUACUGCGGAUCCUAUCUUCAUGGGUAGCUGCAAUGCAGCGACCUCUGCAUGUACUCUGGGGGGUUACUCGAUGCAGACCGAAUGUCAUACAGGCUGUGUUUCCCGUUACGACACCGUUGGGGAUAAGGGAUGGCGUGUUGGGAUCGGAUAUCACAAGAUUCGCAGCGUAAUCCACGACGUGCUUGAAGUAUACGAUGAGGUGCCGCCUUGUAUCCCAGACGAGGAGUGCGUCGACUGCUUCAAUUGGAAGUAUUUUAAAAGCAAUGGGUCCGACAAGACCACUUCGUCGAGCAGUAGCUCCUCAACGGCAAUUUCAACACGAACUACAACCUGCCAGACACCUGGAUGGUGGGGUACGUAA